AUGGAUCCAUUGAGCGCAUUUUCCCUGGCGUGCGGAGUCAUUCAAGUAAUACAAUUCGCCUCGGAGCUGGUCUCUGCAGGAAAUGAGAUCUUCCACGCUUCUGACGGACUGCUUAUUCAAAACAAAGCAGCCGAGGAUGUUGCAAAAGAUCUCAGAGACAUGACCCAUGAGCUGUCAAAGGUGCAAGCACAGUGCCUAGCCAACCAACCACUUGAGCCAGAUGAAAAGCGGUUACGGAUCAUCAGCUCUCACUGCGCGAGCAUUGSCAGCGAAUUGACAGAGCGGCUAGACAAGUUGAAAGUUCAAGGAAAGCAUCGGCGAUGGAAGAGCUAUCGGCAGGCUUUGAUGUCCGUAUGGCAGAAAGAUGACAUUGAUAAGAUUGCUGCACGACUUGAGAAAUAUCACAAGGAGCUCGAUWCACGCAUUUUGUUUGGCCUGCGAACACGACUAGACCGUAUUGAUCUACAAAGCAGUGAACAGUUCAAAGCCCUUGACGAGCGAGCACAAGAAGUCAUACGCACCGUCUUACAGAGCAGCGAGAAUCUCGAUGUUCAGCUGACAAGCCAAGCCGGCGUCCUGGCGCAACUUCUCACCGGUCAAGAUAAGCUGCUUACUCUCGUGAGUGCAAGAGCGUGGAAUCCAGAGCCGCCACCAUCAUAUUCAUCAGCGAGCCCAGUCCGUCAAACGACCGAGCUCCACACGGCGGCCCAAAAGGGUGAUAUCUCCGAGGUCAGGCAGAUCWUACGCUCCAGCCGGGCAGACAUCAAUGCAAAGGACGAACAAGGAUGCACUGCGCUUCACCUGGCUAGAACUGGAGAUGUUGCUAAACGGCUCCUGAGUGAACAUGGUAUCACGGUGAACGCAGAGGAGAAUGAAGGACGCACUGCUUUGAUGUACGCGGUUCUGUACCGAAGACCAGACGUGGUGCGGAUCUUACUUGAGGCUGGAGUGGACAAGUCUCUCGAAGAUGAUACGGGUAGGAACGCUGCCUUCUAUGCUGUAGACUGUCCCGCGGUAGCUUGGCUUCUGGAAACUGUACCUGGUAAAGAAGAUGACGAUGGUGCUGGACUCUAUCACAUGGCCUGGUUGGGUGACCUUCCUGGUGUCAAAUACUUCAUCAGUCAGCGUGCCGAUGUCAACGCAAGAAGACACUGGGGAGGUACUGCUCUAACGGUUGCUGCAAGACACGGAAAUGUAGAGAUCUGCAGAUUACUCCUGGAGCACGAUGCAAAUAUCGAGCUGCCUAGCAAUGGAGAAUGGAAUCCUCUCCUGCAGGCUGUGAGAGACGGUAGGCUGGAAGUGGUUCAGAUGCUGUUGAAAAAGCGCGCCAAAAUUGAAGUACGACUCGAGUCUGGGAACUCCCCUCUUGCGGAAGCCUGUGUUCGACGACAUUUUGAAAAUGCAAGGCUGCUGGUCGAUGCAGGAUCGAGUGUGAACACGCUUGAUUCUGAAAAGCAGACUCCGCUGUUGAGGGCGUCAUCCCAAGGUCAUCUCGAAUUUAUCAAGUUCCUUCUGAGCAGAAAUGCCAACGCUCAGGCUACAGAUGCAAAACGCAACAUGUCAAUUCAUUUGGCCGCUGAAAUGGGCCAUACUGAUGUUCUGCGGGUGUUGUUAGAGCAUGGUGUCAGCACUCAUUGGAAGAACGAACGCGGUCACACUCCAUUAACCAAGGCGGCUCAGCGAGGCAAAUUUAGCUGCGUUGAGCUGCUCCUCAACUUCGACGCUGAUGUCAAUGGUCAAGGAGACUGGGGCCAUACAGCACUGGCCGAGGCAGCUCAUCAUGGACAUGCAGAUAUUGCACGUCUUCUCAUUGAUAAUAAAGCACAAGUGGAAACACCGAGGUCUGAUGGAUUCACUCCUAUCUGGAUUGCAGCAUCAAUGGGUCGAGCUGAGGUCAUUAAACUGCUUGCUGAAGCCGGAGCCGACAUUGAUGCUACUGGGUCUGUUAAAGUCAAGCCGCACUGGAAAACGACACCUUUGAUGGCGGCUGCGUUCAAAGGUCAUGUUGAAGAAAUCGCUGUUCUUGCUGAGCUCGGUGCAGAUCUUGAAGCUGCAGACGAGGUUGGUAAGACAGCUUGA